CUGUUAGAGAGGCGUGUUUGCGCACGAACGUUAAAAUCGAAUAAAUAGUCGUCUGCAGGAAGACUGAAAGCAGACGUCACAAUACACGACGACGUCGUGGUAUCAUAACACUAGAGCGCGAGCAAGUGUCAAUUUUGAUUAUUGUCAUCGUUCAUCUGAGUAUCGAUAGUUCUGUCAAGAUCGUUUGGAAUUUCCACCGAUGAUCGGCAAAUCGCGUAUACGUAUUUCUGUGGGUGCCGUGAGGCGGCGAGAAAGGCCACCUCUUUAAAUUAAAAGAAGGAAUGACGCUGGAGAAUCCGUUCUUUGUCGUCAAGGACGAAGUUUGCAAGGCCUUAAAUAAAAACCGCGGUUUAUACGGGCGCUGGACGGAAUUGCAAGAUGUUAUUGUCACGAGCUCUACCGUGAGUGGGGGAAUCCCAAUCUCACGUGACGAAUUGGAGUGGACUACUACCGAAUUACGGAAAGCCUUACGCUCAAUAGAAUGGGAUCUCGAUGAUCUAGAAGACACGAUCUGUAUUGUAGAAAAAAAUCCGACAAAGUUUAAGAUAGAUAACAAGGAAUUAACGGUUCAACGAAGUUUUAUCGAACAAACGCGAGAAGAAGUUAAGACUAUGAAGGAUAAAAUGAAUUUAAGUAGGGGUCGAGAUCGCGAUAAUACAGCCAGACAGCCACUCUUAGAUAAUAGUCCUGCUCGAGUUCCUGUCAAUCAUGGUACAACAAAGUACAGUAAAUUGGAAAAUGAAAUUGAUAGUCCAAAUAGGCAAUUUUUGGGAGACACGUUACAACAACAAAAUGACAUGAUGAGGCAACAAGAUGAACAAUUAGAUAUGAUAGGUGAAAGCAUUGGAACGCUUAAAACAGUAUCCAGACAAAUUAAUACUGAAUUAGAUGAACAAGCAGUUAUGCUAGAUGAAUUCGGUAAUGAGCUAGAGGUGACUGAUUCUAAACUUGAUGCAACAAUGAAAAAAAUGGCCAAAGUUCUUCAUAUGAGUAAUGGUAAUUAUAAUAAUUACAUUCCUGCUCCUACUACUGCAACAUCUAGUGUUUCUGAUCUUGCCUCUAAACCUUCUUCUCUAUCAUCCUUAUCAAAUACAAUAACUAAUUGUUUCUUGUGUUCUGGAGAUUAAAUAGAUAUUUUUAUUAUAAUUUUACCAUAAUUAUUCAGUAAUAUUCAUAAUUCUUUUUGCUUGAGCAUUUUCUUUCGUUCAAAUUUAUUUACAAUAUUUGGCUUUGUUAAUGAUGCCUAAUUUUUAUGUGAUACAAAAUUAAUAAUUUUAAACAUUUACUGAAAAAUUAUGGAAUUGUGUAAUGAAUUUAAUAAUUCAUUUUGUCUUUACAAUAACAUUGCAUAUUGUGAUUAUCCAUGAAGAAGUCAUUUCCCAUUCAUUCUCUUCAUUAAUUUAAGCUAAUUUUUAGCACUAUUGCACUUAUUUUUAAUGAUUUGAUUUUUCUAUUAAAUAUAUAUAGAAUUAUACUGCUAUAUGAUUAUUUAGAAUGAGAAAUUUAUUGGAGAGUAGAAGUCUCACUAAAUUGAAGUUACUUUUAAAGCAAAAAAUUAAUAAAAUAAAUAGCAUUUAUAAUUCAUAUAUUUCAUAUAGUGAAAUAACUAUUUUAGUUUCUUUAAUUUUUUAUUACAAUAUUGAAGUAUUAAAUUGACAAAUUAUUUAUUAUGUAUCAAAUGAUUAAAGUUUUAGUAAAACGAUAAUAAUGAGUUAAAACAUGUUAUAAACAUGAAAUAAAAGUAAAAAUUGAUCCAUAUAUUUAAUAGGAACUCCUACUUAAAUUAUAAAAGAUCUUUCUGUUAUUUUAUUCAUCAUUUUUAUUAUAAUAAUAUAAAAGGAAAAAUUAAAAAAUUUAUAUUUUAAUACUCAUCUUUCCAUAACGUUCAUUCUUUUCUUACACAAUAUAUUCAAACAUAAGAUCUUAUAAAUGUUAUGUUAACUUUUAUUCUUAUCAUAACAAAAAUAAUCAAAAACAAAGAUUAAAUUUUUAAUGUGAACAGUUGUUGAAAAUCUAUGUAUAUAAAAUAAUUAGUAUAUAAAUUUAUAGUUUUUAAAAAAGUUAUAUAUAUUUAAAUUUAGUAAAUACUCCCUAAAAGUGUAGUAUUAAAAUGGACCAGUUGUACUUUCAGAACAAUAGUUAAUUUUAAAACAAUACAGUUCAAGUAUUUAUUUACAUAGCACGAUAGGCACUAAAUGGUAGUAUGAAAUUCAAUAGCAACAUCAGAGAACUAAAGAAAGUUAACAUAUAUCAACAAAAUAUAGAUAAAUAUACAAAUUGUAUAUAAAUACCUUAGUAUAUAGGGAUUUAGAAAAAUAGUUUAGAUGAGUAGAGAAAUGUUAACAUAUUGUCAAAUAUUUCAAAACAUGUAUCAAAGCAGGAAAAGGUAGCACAAGUAAUUUGUGCCUGAAAAAAUUUUAAUGUCAUAAAUUUAUAGACAAAUAUAUAUAGUAUACAUAUAUACAUAUAUACUACCAGAAAAACAUUUUCAAUAAAUUUGGAAAUUUCUGAUACUUCUACUUCCAAUGUACACAACAUGUGAUAUUAACAUAUUGAUUAAAGCGUAGACAAAAAUAGUUUAGGACCUGGUAGUGUGAAAUAUUCAUACGAUAUUGUGAAAGUACCAGUCAGUUUAUGUGUGUAAUGAAUGUAAAUGAAAAUAUAAAGUUUGAAAGAAAAGUGUUGAAGAGAAAGAAGAGAAAAAUGUGAAAACAAUUAUUUGUACGUAUGGUGAUUGUUGAUUGAUUGUUUCUCAAUGUGAAUGAGAUUGUUCAUAAGUACUAUAAAAUUUAGUGACUCCAGAUAAUCUGAAGUUCUCUCUCCAUUUUAAGAAAGUAAAACAUAAUAAAAUGAAUUAAAAAUUAGAAACUGACGCGUUUAUUCAUUGUUAGAAGAGUGUUGAUAGUAUAAUGUUGUGAAUUCAUACGUAAAAGAGAAAUUGUUUAUUCUAGUUGUAUUUAAAAAUUAAAAGAAAAAAUUAUAUCUUAUUAUUUCACAUAAAUGACCAAUUGUGAAGACAUACUGAUAAAUAAAAUUUGAGACUCUA